AUGCCCGCCGCAUUGCUGAUCGGUGCCAUCACCCAUUCCAUCCCCGAAUGGAAUGAUCUCUCCUCUAUUCUGACCCUGAAGGAAUUCCCCUCCGGAACUCGUGAGGACUUUAUCCGCAACUGUCGCGACGGCCAGUACGACGAUGUUGUCGCCAUCUAUCGCUCCAAUACUUCUACGAAGUUCACCGGCCCUUUCGACGCAGAACUAGUUUCCGUCCUGCCUUCCUCACUCAAGUACAUCGCCCACAAUGGCGCAGGCUACGAUAACAUCGAUGUCGCGGCUUGCACAAAGAAAGGAAUCGCUGUCUCUAGCACUCCCGUUGCAGUCAACAACGCCACCGCCGACGUGGCCAUCUUCCUAAUGAUCGGCGCAUUGCGACAGGCAUACAUUCCCGUCUCGUCGCUCCGCGAAGGAAAGUUUCUCGGCCAAACUGGCCUCGGACAUGAUCCCCAGAACAAGGUGCUUGGAAUUCUCGGCAUGGGAGGAAUCGGCCGUGAGGUGGCUCGUCGUGCGCGUGCCUUCGGAAUGACCAUCCAGUACCAUAACCGGUCGCGUCUGUCCCCGGAACUCGAGGACGGAGCGACCUACGUCUCGUUUGAUGAGCUGCUCGCCAAUGCUGAUGUGUUGAGUUUGAACCUGGCGCUCAACGCGUCCACUCGUCACAUUAUCGGCAAGUCGGAGUUUCAGAAGAUGAAGGAUGGAGUCAUCAUUGUCAACACGGCGCGUGGAGCGCUGAUUGAUGAGAAGGCCUUGGUUGAGGCGCUGGAGUCGGGCAAGGUAUGGUCGGCUGGACUGGAUGUCUACGAGAAUGAACCCGCCAUUGAGCCGGGGUUGGUGAACAACCCCCGGGUCAUGCUGCUGCCGCAUAUUGGUACCAUGACUUAUGAGACGCAACGAGAGAUGGAGUUGCUCGUGUUGAAUAACCUGCGCUCCGGCGUAGGAACGGGGAAGAUGAUCACUUUGGUACCGGAACAGAAGGAUGUGUUUGGGAAAUAG